AUGAUUAAGGGGUGGGAUAAAGGAGACAUUGGUGGUCUGUUAAGGGAUUCUGAAGGGUUGCAGUAUGGUUCAUUUUCUGAAAGGAUUGGGGGAGGUCCUCUUAUUCUUGUAGAGUUAUUGGCUAUCAAAAGAGGGUUGUUGUUUAUGGAGGAGAUAGCUUUGGUUUCAUUUCCAAGGGUCGUCCUUGAAUUGGAUUCCCUUACUGCUCUGAAAUGGAUUAAAAAUCCGGCUUUAUGUACACCUAUGUUUCAGUCCUUGGUGAAAGACAUUGUUUCCCUAGUGGAGAGUAAAGAUGUUAUUAUUAGGCAUAUAUUGAGAGCGGCCAAUUGGGAAUCGGAUAAAUUAGCUAAAGAAGGAAUAGUUGAUUAUUAG